GCUGGAUUAGGAAGAAACAUGUUCGAGUGGGGCUAGCAGAAACUCUCAGCACGUUUGUCAUGAUGGUAUGAUGACUCAAAUUCAUGCCAAGUACACAUUUCAUAAAACCACAUAACCAUUCUUCCAUCUCCCAUCUGUGUUUGGUCUAGGUUCUGUUGCUCAAGUGGUCACAGGAGGGGGUGUUUUUGGAGAUUACCUGAGCAUUAAUCUGGGUUUUGGUCUUGGUGUAGCAAUGGGGGUGCAUGCUGGUGGGAAAGUGUCAGGUGCUCACAUGAACGCAGCAGUGACGUUUACCAUGUGCGUAGUCGGCCGUCUGAGCUGGAAGAUGCUUCCACUCUAUGUAGUUUCACAACUUCUGGGCUCCUUUAUCGCUGCGGGAACAGUUUUCACCCUGUACUACGAUGCCAUAUACCACUUCAGUGAAGGAAACUUAACAGUGUUUGGCCCCAAAGCAACAGCGGGGAUCUUUGCCACUUAUCCAGCUCCUUAUCUCUCAAUACAAGCUGGAUUUUUGGACCAGGUGCUUGGUACUGCCAUGCUGUUGCUAUGUCUGAUGGCACUGGCAGAUAAAAGGAACCAGCCUGCCCCCACUGGUGGAGAGCCUGUGGCUGUUGGGGCUCUUGUAUUGCUGAUUGGAGUUUCCAUGGGCAGCAACAGUGGCUAUGCCAUCAAUCCCACCCGAGACCUGGGGCCAAGAGUCUUUACAGCAAUUGCAGGCUGGGGAUUAGAGGUAUUCAGGGCAGGCAGAUGUUGGUGGUGGGUGCCCUUGGUGGCGCCAUUAGUCGGUGGAGUGACUGGAGCUUUGAUAUAUAAAGCAUGUGUGGAGUUGUUCCAUCCCAAACAUAAGGAUAGAAAACCUGAGCACAAUGGACUAUCAGAGAGCAUAGCGCUGGAUCAGUGCAAGAAUGACAACACAGAUGAGUGUGUGAACUGUUAACAAGACGAGUACCGCUUGAAUCAUGAAGACAAGAGAGAGGAGCAAAAAAAAAGAAAAAAAAAAAAUCUUUUUUCACAGUGAGGCCAGUCUAAUAGUAAAGAAGCGAUAAAAUCUGCUCCUGCCUGUUUCAGUGUAUAGAUGAUUGGAACAUGUUUGGAUCUUCUGAACGGAACGUUGAAGUUUAAAAAGUCACUACACAAGUGAUUGCCAUGACCUUUGAACAUGAACUGGAAUGAAGAUUUUAUAUUCAAAUGCAUUCGAAUAACAAGCCUAUAAUUUCACACCGCCACAUUAGCAGGACCAUUUUUAAAUCAGACAGGGGCGAUAUUGAAAUAUUUUUAUUCUUAAUUGUUUCAGAUUAUUCUUCAAAUUUAUUUAGCCACAGUAAUGUUCUUUGUCACUGAUAUCCUGUUAGAUUAGGCUAGCCCAGAUACACACGUGACAAGGUUGGUUUAGUUAUAGAAAGUCAUUCCCUCACCGGACACUCAUUUUUACUGGCUCUUCAAGACAAAAAAAUGUUUCAGAGAAACCGUAAAAAACCCUCCAUCUGGAAGACUUUCCCAUGUCAGAAAACUGUUACAAAGCCAUGACAAAUGUCACCAUCUCAAUGAUUACAGGUUUUUCUUUCAAUAAACAGCAUAUCCAUUGUUUAGCAGGCUUAGAUUACCUGGCACGUUCUCUGUGCAAGUCCUUGGGAAUGAGCUAUUGCACAUUAAUACAGUUUAAACCUGUGAUUUAAAUGACAUCAAGAACUGCUGCCAGAGCUGCCGUUAUAGAAAAUUAUUCAACACCUUCUGACUCGUCAGAAUUGAGAUUUCAACAGUGCUGGAGAGUAUAAUUUCUUUGAAGGUUUAAUCAAUGUAAUCUACACAAAGGAAGACAGCUUGGAAUGAAGCUAAAUGGGAUAUUUUCCAUCAUUCAUCACACUGACAGAACCUGAUGCUUCUCACUUUACAUAAACCUGAACUCAGUGUUCAUGCACAACUACGAUAUUGCACUUUUAACUCAAUAGUUUUUGGGUAUGUUCAAAUAAAACAUUUUAUCCUCAGUG